GGCUCAAGCAGCACGGAGUCCAUCCCGACACCCAGCAGAGGAGUGCAUUCAGAAAGCGCCUUCUCCUCGCAGUGCCGAAGUCUGGAAGCCCGGUAGGUCCAGACAAGUGGGUAGGAGGCAGGAACGCGCAGGACCUUCCCCGGGCAUUUGGCGUAUUGGGCUUAAAGCUACCUGCGCUCCUAUCCUUUGGGCUCUCGUCCUGAAAUGGAGAGUCCACGUGUGAACCUUUAGGGAUUUUUCCACCGUGGCUAGGCCAAGGUGACCAAAGAGAGGUCCUGAAUGUCUAAGCAAAGUUCUUUCACUUGGCCCGUCACGCUCCAACUUUAGGGAUGGAAAGAGGGGGAGGGUUUUUUAGCAUUAGGUCCAUGCACCAGCUGGGAGCUCCCCCUUCCAAAGCCUGGUUGGCGUUGGCACGGGCCAACCUGGGAGUCCCUUUGCCCAUGUCUCCGGUGUCGCCGCGCCCAUUCUCCCAGGUGCAGGGCGCUGCGCGCUUCGGUCCUGUGUGGUUGGCCAGCUUCGGGAAGGUGCGCACGGUGUACGUGGCGGCCCCUACACUCAUCGAGCAGCUGCUGCGACAGGAGGGGCCCAGGCCCGAGCGCUGCAGCUUCUCACCGUGGGCUGAGCACCGGCGCCAGCGCCAGAGGGCUUGCGGACUGCUCACGGCGGAAGGCGAAGAAUGGCAGAGGCUCCGCAGCCUCCUGGCCCCGCUCCUCCUUCGGCCUCAAGCAGCUGCCCGCUACGCCAGGACCCUGGACGACGUGGUCCUUGACCUGGUGCGGCGACUGCGGCGCCAACGGGGACGUGGUACUGGGUCGCCCGCCCUGGUUCGCGAUGUAGCCGGAGAGUUUUACAAAUUUGGACUAGAAGGCAUAGCAGCUGUGCUGCUGGGUUCGCGCCUGGGCUGCCUGGAGACAGAAGUGCCUCCAGACACCGAGACCUUCAUCCGGGCAGUGGGGUCUGUGUUUGUGUCCACGCUGUUGACCAUGGCGAUGCCCAACUGGCUGCACCGCCUGGUGCCGGGACCCUGGGGCCGCCUCUGCCAAGACUGGGACCAGAUGUUUGCAUUUGCCCAGAAGCACGUGGAGCGGCGAGAGGCCGAGGUAGCCAUGAGGAGCCAGGGAAGGCCUGAGGAGGACAUGGAAUCGGGGGCGCACCUGACCCACUUCCUGUUCCAGGAAGAGUUGCCUGCCCCGUCCAUCCUGGGGAAUGUGACGGAGCUGCUGCUGGCCGGAGUGGACACGGUGUCCAACACGCUCUCCUGGGCUUUAUAUGAACUCUCUCGGCACCCCGAAGUCCAGACGGCUCUCCACUCUGAGAUCACAGCUGCCUUGGCCAGGGGGUCCAAUGCCCACUCCUCAGCCACUGUUCUGUCCCAGCUGCCCCUGCUGAAGGCUGUCCUCAAGGAAGUGCUAAGACUGUACCCCGUAGUACCUGGAAAUUCCCGUGUUCCAGAUAAAGACAUUCGUGUAGGUGAUUAUAUCAUCCCCAAAAAUAUCUUGACCCACUUUGAGGUACAGCCUGAGCCAGGUGCUGCCCCAGUCAGACCCAUGACCCGGACUGUCCUGGUACCUGAGAGGAGCAUCAACCUACAGUUUGUGGACAGAUAGUCCUGUGGAAGGAGGCUGUUACCACCUUUUCUCUCAUCAUAGGGGUUUAUUAGGCACAAGACCAAGAGAUGUGUAUUUCCCCUGAGACCUGUCUAUCUCAUCACACUAGUCAGAAUGAUCAUAGCAAAGGGUUUGAGGCAGUCCUGGCCAAGGUGUGAAGUAUGCAUUUGGCCUGACCCAGCAGGCCCGGAGAAAACCACAGUCCCUCUGCUGCUCAGCCCUUUUCCUGAUCAUAUCAUAUGCAUCCUUCAAGGGCCAACUCAGGCUUUUAACUAAUAAUGCUGGGUGACCUGAGGAAGAAUUCCACCACUGCCCUUUGGGGACUCCACAGUGUUCAUUGAUGCUGCUAACUAAGCUCUUUACAUGACAUGAGCUAAGUAAUUGUGCAUCUGGUCUGCACCUGGUUGGUCUUCCUUGCAUGUGAGCUCUUUGAGAGGAAGGAUGAGGCCUUAUUCAGUGUUUAUACCCCUGCCAGGGCCUGUCCCUGGGUGACACGCAAAAUCUCAGAUUGAAUCUGGACCAUGUGGCAGAAGCGGGGAGCAGCUUACCAGGCUCUGCCUACCCCGUUCUUUCCUCACCUUGCCCCUAGAAAGGUGAGUCUGCCCUUGCCUGGUUUAUGAUUUUUUAAAAACGAUCCUUGCCUCUCUGGUCACUCUUGAGUUGGGUUGCUUAGUUCCUAGACAGAGACAUCUCUGCACCUAUCCCUGUAUAUGCCUUCCUUUUAAAUAUUGAUAUUUUUAAAUAUUCAUAGUUUUGAAAUAAAAAAAAAAUUGAAUGUUC